AUGAACGGGCAAGUGCAGUCAUCGCGGGAGAGGUUAGGUGGUUUCGGUCCCAUGAAUCUUGGUUUAUUUUCCGGAAUGAUCGCCACGGAUCGUGUUCCUACUAUUCAAUCAUUCAACUCGGAUGCCGAGUUAGACGACACCAUGGCCGCGACGGAAGUCGACAGCAAAGUCAAAACGAAAUUGCUCUCUAUGUGGAACAAUGUUAAAUAUGGUUGGACUGUGAAGAUGAAAACGAACUUCUCUAAGGAAUCUCCCGUGUGGUUGCUGGGACAGUGUUAUCUGAAGAAGUCAGAAUAUCCCUUGGAGAGAGCAUCAGAAGCAUUAGAGCCAGUUGGAACGGGUAGUCAGGUCUCCUUGGCGAUGGAUGCCACGAAUUUCGAGAAUACCAUAGAGGAAUUCAAGAGGGAUUUCAUGUCGCGUCUUUGGUUAACAUACAGACGCGAAUUCCCAAUCCUAAACGGCUCCACCUUUACCACGGACUGCGGUUGGGGCUGCAUGCUACGCAGUGGGCAAAUGAUGCUGGCACAAGCAUUAGUCUGUCAUUUUCUCGGACGAGAGUGGAGAUGGCGACCAGAACAAUCGACUGACGAGAGCAGUCAUCGGAUGAUUAUCAAAUGGUUUGGCGAUCAACCAACGCCAGAAUCUCCGUUCUCCAUACACAAGCUCGUGUUACUCAGCGCUUCGACGGGGAAACGCGCGGGUGACUGGUACGGUCCCUCCUCGGUUGCGCAUCUCUUGUGUCAGGCUAUGGAACGCGCCAGCGAGGAUCCCAACAGUAAACUCAAUCAGGUGGCGGUAUACGUCGCCCAAGAUUGCGCAGUAUAUAUGCAAGACGUCGAGAAUGCUUGCUGCACUCCAGACGGUAGACGGAAAGCACUGAUACUCUUAGUGCCCUUAAGGCUCGGCGCCGACAAGCUAAACCCUGUUUAUGCGCCUUGUUUGACAUCGCUGUUGACAUUGGACACAUGUAUUGGCGUGAUCGGUGGCCGACCGCGACAUUCGCUCUAUUUCAUCGGCUAUCAAGACGACAAACUGAUCCACUUGGAUCCGCAUUACUGUCAGGAGACCGUUGACGUCGAAGGAAACGAAAAAUUCCCGUUGACAAGUUUCCACUGCACGUCACCGAGAAAGAUGUUACUCUCGAAGAUGGACCCUAGUUGUUGCGUAGGCUUCUAUUUUCCUGACAAGGAGUCACUCACCGAUUUUAUGGAAACAAUUCAACAGUUCGUGAUACCAAACCAGAAUAUGGACUACCCGAUGUUCCUGUUUUGCGAGGGAAGCGGCAAGGAUCUACAGCAAGGAAUUGAGGUCGUUGAGGGUCUUCUGCCGUCUUCAAGUAGAUUCGGUCACGAGAGCGUGGAGGAUGAUCUGUUCGAGUGCGAAGAGUUUGAGUUGCUGCACUAAAAUAAAAAAAGGGAAAAAAGGAAGAACGAAAAGGACGACACGGGAGUACGAUACACGCGAUUCCGUGAUCAUCGGAAUUACUCUCACGAGAACAUCUCUGCGUCUCUACCUGUUCGCCCAUUACUUCGCGAUUGUAAUUUCUUUUCAUAUAUUCGCUUCUCCAGAGCGUAUAUAGGAAAACAGCGAACCGGAUAUAUCAUUCUGGAAAGGAUGAGGCAACUCAAGAGUUAAGGACUGACGCAUUCCCAUCAAUCUCAAUGCGUGAAUGAAAACAGGAUUUGAGUUAACUUAAUGACCAGUUACUGUUACUUAUGAGAUAAGAGAUAAGAAAGCAAAAGAUUAUUCCCGACGUUAGUACAAGUUAUUCGAUUAAGCUGAUUCAUUCGUAUUUUCAAUUAAUAUGUAUAUGUAUAUAUGUAUGCAAUUAUUAUGGUGAUGCACAACAUUUCUUAUCUUGUUACAUAUAAUCUCGAAAUUGAUGACUUU